UCCGCGGGGCGGAGGGAGGCUGCAGGGGUAGGAGUGGAACCACUUGCUAAGAGUAUGUAACCUUGAGAUAAGGAUUCCUGGGAAUGGGGGUCCUAACAGGCGAGGACACCCCAGCGAUCGCCCUUUGAAAUGGCAUUCAGGGACCAGAAGCGGGAACUGGGAAUAACGAGGUCGAGCAGUCUUGGAGACAUGCUGUGAGACAAGAAAUAUAUGAAAGUAUGGAUACUACAAAAACGUCCCUUGACAUUAAAGAGUACCCUGAUACUGAGGUACAAAGAAACCAAGCACUAACUCUGGAAGAAUGGCAAGACAAGUGGGUGAAUCGCAAAAUUGCAUUUCAUCAGGAACAAGGACAUCAGUUAUUAAAGAAGCAUUUGGAUACUUUUCUUAAAGGCGAGAGCGGACUGAGGGUGUUUUUUCCUCUUUGUGGAAAAGCAGUUGAAAUGAAAUGGUUUGCAGACCUGGGACACAGUGUAGUUGGUGUGGAAAUCAGUGAACUUGGGAUACGAGAAUUUUUUACAGAGCAGAAUCUCGCUUACUCAGAAGAACAAAUCACAGAAAUUCCUGGAGCCAAAAUGUUUAAGAGUUCUUCAGGGAACAUUUCAUUGUAUUGUUGCAGCAUUUUUGAUCUUCCCAGAACAAAUAUUGGCAAAUUUGACAGGAUUUGGGAUAGAGGAGCAUUAGUGGCCAUUAAUCCAGGUGAUCGUGAAUGCUAUGCAGACAUAAUGCUGUCCUUGCUGAGAAAAGGGUUUCAGUACCUACUGGCUGUUGUUUAUUACGAUCCAACUAAACAUGCAGGCCCACCAUUUUAUGUUCCAGAAGCUGAAAUUAAAAGGUUGUUUGGUACAAUUUGCAGUACCCAUUGUCUUGAGACAGUUGAUGUUUUUGAAGAACGACAUAUAAGUUGGGGAAUUGACUGUAUUUUUGAAAAGUUAUAUCUGCUUACAGAAAAGUAGAAGAAAUAUAAAUAAAAUCAAGCAACAUCAACUUGUUUUUUGAGCAAUUGAAAAUUAAGCUAAAGCCUAAAACUCUAAUGGAUGAAUUUGUUAAAAAAAUGAUUCAUAAAUCACAUAAUUUUUUAGCACAAUAUAAUACUAAAAUGCCAAACUAUCUCUCUUUGUUGGAGAGGAAAUGACAAUAAGAUUAGACCUAUGUGUUUUAUAUUUUGCAAGAAUAUUUUAUAAUUAGCAUAUAUUAUAUAAUUAAAAAUGAAAACACAAUGCAUUUAACUUAAGAAUAAUAAACAUGGAAAAAAACACAAUGUUUAUGAAUUCAGAAUGAUUGAAGAAAUACCAUACUUUAGUACUAUUUAAGGUAGUCCCAGAAAUCAUGUAAAAGAAUAACUUUCACAGUGCCUGUGGCUCAAAGGAGUAGGGCGCCGGCCCCAUAUGCCGGACAUGGUGGGUUCAAACCCAGCCCUGGCCAAAAAUUGAAAAGAAAAAAGAAAAAAAAAACAUUAACUUUCACUAUAAACCUUUAUCUAGUAUGGUGUACUCAAAUCCUGGCAUCCCUUUUCACAUGUUUUUUCUAUAUGUAACAGAAUCAAGAAACAAGAAAUUUUAAGUUAACAAACUGACCUGUAUGGCACAACAUAUUCCUAACUAUAAAAAUAAAUUGAGAAUUAAAAGGUU